AUGGUAUUCGAUGCCAUCAAGAGUCUCAAGGAGCGGAACGGAUCCUCCAUCCAGGCCAUCAAGAAGAGUAUCACCGCCACCUACCCGGCCCUCAACUUCACGCCGCACCAGAUGCGCAGCGCCCUCAAGAAGGGAGUUGAAACUGGCAAGUUCAUCAAGGUGAAAAGCUCUUACAAGCUGAGCGCCGAGGCGAAGAAGCCCGUCCCCAAGAAGAAGGUCGUGAAAAAGAAGGUGGUGAAGAAGGUCGUCAAGAAGAAGGUGCCGAAGAAGAAGGUGGCCAAGAAGCCCGCUGUGAAGAAGACCACGACGAAGAAGCCCGCCGCCAAGAAGACCACGACCACCAAGAAGGCCACGACCACCAAGAAGGCCACGACCACCAAGAAGGCCACGACCACCAAGAAAACCGUCACCAAGAAGAAGCCCACAACCGCCAAGAAGCCCGCGGCUAAGAAGACCACCACCAAAAAGAAGCCCUCCACCCCCAAGAAGAAGGCUGCCGCUCCUAAGAAGGCCUAAGCUCA